UGUACCAUCACAAUAUAAAUCCAAAACAUUGCAAAAAGUAAUUUCGGGAUUAUCAACAGAAAAAACAACUUAUAACUUUAGAUUCAUUUCAAUCAUAUAAAUACCAGAAUAAAUCAAUUAAAACCAAGCCGAUCGAUUGAAGUAUCAAGAAAGAAACUUCCAAGAAAUUGGUAAAAGGUUAGCGCAAAUAUACCAAAUCACCGCUCUCAAAAUGACGCAGGACAUGCUGCUUGGCAAUGAGGAGCCGAGUAAGAGCAAGGAAACCUUCCUGGAGAAGUUCUGUGUCCUGGCAAAGUCCUCCACAGGAGCCGCCUUGCUGGAUGUCAUCCGCCAGGCUCUUGAAGCCCCAAAUGUCUUUGUCUUCGGCGAAUUGUUGGCGGAACCGUCUGUUGCGCAGCUAAAGGAUGGUCCAAAUGCCAAGCACUUUGAAACCCUGAAUCUUUUCGCCUAUGGAACCUAUAAAGAAUACCGUGCACAGCCUGAAAAAUACAUCGAGUUGAGCCUUGCCAUGCAGAAAAAGCUUCAGCACCUAACUAUCGUCUCAUUGGCCAUCAAGGCGAAGAGUAUUCCCUACGCCCUGCUACUCAGUGAACUGGAGAUCGACAACGUCCGUCACCUGGAGGACAUCAUCAUCGAAGCCAUCUAUGCGGACAUCAUCCACGGAAAGCUCUUCCAGAACACACGCAUUCUGGAGGUGGACUACGCUCAGGGCCGGGACAUUCCGCCCGGGUACACCAGCCAGAUCGUGGAGACCCUCCAGGCCUGGGUCAACUCCUGCGACAGCGUCUCCAACUGCAUCGAAAUGCAGAUCAAGUACGCCAACGCGGAGAAGUCCAAGAGGCUGGUGAACAAGGACCGCGUGGAACAAGACCUCAUCAAUCUGAAGAAAGUUCUGAAGAGCCAGACCUCGGACAGCGAUGAGAGCAUGCAAAUCGAUACUCAUGGACCGGGAACAAGCGGGGGAUUAGGUCAAUCGGAGAUGCGCAAAAAGCCUUCGAAGCUCAGGAAUCCCCGCAACUCGGCAGUUGGCCUGAAAUUCGGCAAGUGAGACGCAGCCGGUCGAGCGGAUGAGGAGUCGGGAGCUGGCUCGAACACAGGCAGGCGUUUCUUAAGGUCGCAGGCAACUCCCCGCGGAACUUGAAGGACGAGGUCCGCUCGCCUGUCGGAGGACCUCUCUUCUAAGUUAAUCAAAACAAAACUCACUUGAAUUCGCCAGAACAAAUGCCGGCUGUCCUCGUAAUGGAUUCCAUAAUUAGCAUCAAAUUGAUCAUCAAUAAAUAACAAAUACAAAAUCUGUAAUAAUAGAAACAAUACAUCAAAACACAACUUAA